AUGAAACGACUCUUUUGUUCCAUUGCUUCUUCAUACGAUGGCGCAAGACAAAGAAGUGAGGUCAACGUGAAUGGAGAUAACGUACUGGACGCAAAUCAACAGAAGCAACAACGUGUUUCACGUACCAUUGAACGCAUUUUACACCUCAAGUUUGUCAAAAAUCGUGAAGCGAUGGAUGAAUCAUCAACAUCCACUUCCACACCGACCACGCCAUCUCCGCCGGACGUGGAAAAGUCAAAAAUCAAGCGAAGCGCCAGUGAUGUGAACAGUGAUCUUCAGAACGAUCUCGAGUUCGUUUGUUAUUUGCAAAUUAGCUAA